UGCAAGGCUGGUGGGAAGGGGAGGGGUGGUCUUCGCUGGAGCCCUCGGCAGCGGAGCCACUGCAGGGGCUCCCCAGUACAGCUCCCCCAUUCCCCGUGUCUCCACUGGGUCUGAGGGAGAGAGGGAGGAGGGAGAGACCCCAGCCCUCUGCUCCCUCUCUCUCUCUCUCCAGCUGCUGCCCCUUUCCCCAAAUCCACCUUGGGACAAGCCUCCAGCCCUGACCAUAACCCAGACUCCAGGAAGCCAGGAUGGAUUACACCUCCUUCAGCGGGGCGCCCCGCUUCCUCACCCGGCCCAAGGCUUUCCUGGUGUCCGUGGGCAAAGAUGCCACCCUGAGCUGCCAGAUCGUGGGCAACCCGGUGCCCCUGGUGAGCUGGGAGAAGGACCAGGUGCCCGUGGCGGCGGGCGGGCGCUUCCGCGUGACUGAGGAGGGGGAGCUCUAUCGCCUGACCAUCGUGGACCUCACCCUGGAAGACAGCGGCCAGUACGUGUGCCGGGCCCGCAACUCCAUCGGCGAGGCCUUCGCCGCGGUCAGCCUGCAGGUGGGCGAGGACAGCAUGCGGGCGGAGCUGGCUCCCUACUUCUUGCUGCGGCCGACCUCGAUCCGGGUGAGCGUGGGAGAGGAUGCCACCUUCCGCUGCCGGCUCCAGGGCAGCCCCCCGAUGUCAGUCAGCUGGUCCAAAGACGGCCGGCGGCUGGGCGAGCCGUCGUCUCCCGAUUUCCACCGCGUGCAGGUGGAGGCUCGGGGGGAAGACAGCUCCCUGAGGAUCCGGGGCGCCCGUCCCCGAGACGGCGGCACCUACACGGUCUUGGCCGAGAACCCCAUCGGGUCCGCCAGCGCCGCUGCUGCCCUCGUGGUAGAUGAGAAGGCCCUGGUGGGGCCCCGGGCUGCGGAGGCCGCGUCUGGAACAACGGCCCUGCUGGCCCACCUGCAGAGGCGGAGGGAGGAGAUCCGGGCCGAAGGCACCGGCUUGAGCUCCAGCUUGGGGCGCUGGAGCAGUGGGGGCACGCGCACGUGCACCGUGACUGAGGGCAAACAUGCACGCCUGAGCUGCUAUGUGACUGGGGAGCCCAAACCCGAGACUGUCUGGAAGAAGGAUGGGGAGGUGGUCGCUGAGGGCCGGAGGCACAUGAUAUAUGAGGAUGAGCAGGAGAACUUUGUUCUUAAGAUACUCUUCUGCAAACAGACGGACAACGGACUCUAUACGUGCACAGCCUCCAACCUGGUGGGGCAGACCUAUAGCUCUGUGCUGGUGGUGGUGAGAGAGCCCAUUGUGCCCUUCAAGAAGAAGCUGCAUGACCUGGAGGUCCGGGAGAAGGAGUCUGCCAUGUUCCAGUGCGAGGUGCCCCUGCCGGCCACGGAGGCUUCUUGGUAUAAGGAGGAGACCAUACUGCGGCAGAGCCACAAGUAUCACAUCGAGGAGGAGGGCACGUGGCGCCGGCUGACUGUGCAGAACGUCACCACGGACGAUGACGCCGUGUACAUCUGUGAGAUGAAGGAGGGCAGUAGGACCAUUGCUGAGCUUUCUGUCCAAGGCAACAUCACCAAGAAGCUCCCAAGGAAGACCAUGGUGCUGAGCGGGGACACAGCCAUCUUCUGCGUGGAGCUGGCAGACCCGGCUGAGCCCAUCCAAUGGCUGAGGAACCAGGAGGAGGUCAAGGCUGGGGACCGCAUGACCAUCACUUCCACAGGCACCUGCCACACCCUGACCAUCAAACAGUGCCGCCAGGAGGACGCUGGGGAGGUCGCCUUCCUGGCUGGCGAGUGCAGGACCUCCACCCAGUUCCUUGUGUCCGCUCCCAGGAAGCCUCCUCCACAAGCCCCCUCCGAACCCGUGGUGAAGGCCAAAACAGACAGCUCUGUGACACUUGGCUGGUCCCCACCACAGCUAGAUCGGCCUAUUGGCAUUGAUGGCUACCUGGUGGAGAAGAGGAGGCUGGGCAGCCAGCGGUGGACUCGGUGCCAUGAGGCAGAGAGAGUCUCCACACUCGAAGUGACUGUGAGUGGUCUGCUCGAGGCUGGAGCCUAUCAGUUCCGAGUGGCGGCCGUCAACAGCUUUGGCCAGGGCCCCUACCUUGAGUUUCCAGGAACCAUCCACCUGGAACCCCAACUGGCUGUCAAGACACCCCUUCGAGCUGUUGAAGCAAUAGCUGGUGGGGAAGUGACUUUCACUGUGGACCUCACCGUGGCAUCUUCUGGUGAAUGGUUCUUGGAUGGGCAAGCCCUGCCAGUUAGUGACAUAUAUGUGAUUCGUUGCAAAGGCACCCAACACUCCCUAACUAUCAGUCCUGUUCCUGCCAACUUGGAUGGCGCUCAACUCAAAUUUGUGGCCAAUGGCAUAGAGAGCAGUAUCCGGAUGGAGGUCAAAGCCGCGCCGGUGCGCAUCACCAACAAGUCUGCGGCCGUGCAGAAGAUCUCGGCCCGACUGCACGAGGAGGCCCGGCUCUUGGCCGAGCUCUCGGACCAGGCUGCGGCCGUGACGUGGCUGAAGGACGGCCGGGCCCUGCCCAGCGGGCCCAAGUACGAGCUCCAGGCCUCCGAGAAGCGGCGGGUGCUGCGGGUGCGAGACGUGGCCAGGGACGACGCCGGCCUCUACGAGUGUCUCAGUCCCGGGGAUCGCAUCGCCUACCAGCUCUCCGUGCAAGAUCUCGUCCAUUUCCUACACAAAGAUGUAGCAGGAGGCUAUGUGGAAGCUGUGUUGGGGGGCCAGGCCCAGUUUGAAUGUGAGACAUCAGAGGCCCAUGUAAGAGUGUGUUGGUAUAAGGAUGGCACUGAACUCAGUCGUUCCCAGCGCCUCUCCCAAGAAGACAAGGGAACAAAACACCGGCUGGUGGUGGGCAUGGUCACCAGGCAGGAUGAAGGCACAUAUGCUUGCAGAGUUGGUGAAGACACAUUAGAAUUCAAGCUCAAGGUGUCUGAUAAAGCAGUGACGUUCAUCAACAAGCCAGCAUCACCUCCCGAGGUGAUUGUCAGCCCUGGGGGGCAGCUGGAGCUGGCCUGUGAGGUGUCUGAGGCUGGUGGCACUGUAGUGUGGAAAAGGGAGCAGAAAGAAGUGAGGAAAGACCAGAGGACCGAGAUCCACACGGAAGGCACUCGGCGGACCCUCAUCCUGCACCGGGUGACCCAAAAUGACCAGGGCACCUACAGUUGCCAUGCUGGGGAUGACCACGUCACUUUCAACGUCCGGGUACAAGAACCUUCAUCAGUAUUUUCCAAGGAGCAGCAGGCACAGAAUAAAGUGCAGGUGGUGUCUGGGGAAAGCGUUACCUUGAGCUGUGAGGUGGCUCAGAACGAGACAGAAGUGACCUGGUACAAGGAUGGGAAGAAACUCAGCUCAAGCCAGAGGGUUCAUCUGGAUGUCAAAGGCAAGAGCCGGCAGCUGGUGGUGAAGCAGGUGGGGAAAGCAGAUGCUGGAGAAUACACCUGUGAGGCCGGGGGCCAGAAGGUCACCUUCCACCUCAGCAUCAAAGAAUCUGUGGCUGUGUUUGCCAAGGAACAGCAGAUAAAGAAUAAGAUGGAAGCUGUGGCCGGCAGCAGUGCCAUCCUGAGCUGCGAGAUGGCCCAGGCCCAGACGGAGGUGACCUGGUACAAGGAUGGGAAGAAACUGAGCUCUAGCCAGAAGGUGCACAUGGAGACCAAGGACCGGAGUCGGCAGCUGGUGGUACAGCAGGUGGGGAAGGCUGAUGCUGGGGAAUACACCUGUGAGGCCGGGGGCCAGAAGGUCACCUUCCAUCUGGAUGUCAAAGAGAGUGUGUCAGUCUUUGCCAAGGGGCAGCAGACAAAGAACGAAGUAAAGGCCAUGGCCGGCAGCAGUGCCAUUCUAAGCUGUGAGGUCGCCGCGGCUCAGACAGAGGUGACCUGGUACAAGAACGGCAAGAAAUUGAGCGCCAGCCAGAAAAUAUGUGUGGAAUCCAAGGACCGGGGCCGGCAGCUGGUGGUGCAGCAGGUGGGGAAGGAGGAUUCUGGGGAGUACACCUGUGAGGCUGGGGGCCAGAAGGUCACUUUCCGUCUGGAUGUCAAAGAGCCCCCAGUGGUCUUUGCCAAGGAGCAGCAGACUCAGAACAAAGUGGAGGCCGUGGCCGGCAGCAGCACCACUUUGAGCUGUGAGCUGGCCCAGGCCCAGACGGAGGUGACCUGGUACAAGGAUGGGAAGAAGCUGAGCUCUAGCCAGAAGGUGCACGUGGAGGCCAAGGGCCGGAGUCGGCAGCUGGUGGUGCAGCAGGUGGGGAAGGCAGAUGCUGGGGAGUACACCUGUGAGGCUGGGGGCCAGAAGGUCACCUUCCGUCUGGAUGUCAAAGAAUCUGUGGUAGUGUUUGCCAAGGAACAGAAGACUCAGAACAAGGUGGAGACCAUGGCUGGUAGCAGCACUACAAUGAGCUGUGAGCUGGCCCAGGCCCAGACGGAGGUAACCUGGUACAAGGAUGGGAAGAAGCUGAGCCCCAGCCAGAAGGUGCAUGUGGAGGCCAAGGGCCGGAGUCGGCAGCUGGUGGUGCAACAGGCGGGGAAGGCAGAUGCUGGAGAGUACACCUGUGAGGCCGGGGGCCAGAAGGUCACCUUCCAUCUGGAUGUCAAAGAAUCCGUGGUGGUAUUUGCCAAAGAACAGAAAACUCAAAGCAAGGUGGAAACAGUGACUGGCAGCAGCACCACCCUGAGCUGCGAGGUGGCCGAAGCCCAGACGGAGGUGACCUGGUACAAGGAUGGGAAGAAGCUGAGCUCCAGUCAGAAGGUGCACGUGGAGUCCAAGGGCCGAAGUCGGCAGCUGGUGGUGCAGCAGGCGGGGAAGGCUGACGCUGGGGAGUACAUCUGUGAGGCCGGGGGCCAGAAGGUCACCUUCCAUCUGGAUGUCAAAGAGCCCCCAAUGGUAUUUGCUAAGGAGCAGCAGACUCAGAGCAAGGUGGAGGCUGUGGCUGGUAGCAGCGCCACUCUGAGCUGUGAGGUGGCCCAGGCCCAGACAGAAGUGAUCUGGUACAAGGAUGGGAAGAAACUAAGCUCCAGCCAGAAGGUGCAUGUGGAGGCCAAGGGCCUGAACCGGCAGCUAGUAGUACAACAAGCGGGGAAAGCUGAUGCUGGGGAGUACACCUGUGAGGCCGGGGGUCAGAAGGUCACUUUCCGCCUGGACAUCAAAGAGCCCCCAGUGGUGUUUGCCAAAGAGCAGAAGACACAGAACAAGGUGGAGGCCGUGGCUGGCGGCAGCGCCACCCUGAGCUGCGAGCUGGCCCAGGCCCAGACAGAGGUGACCUGGUACAAGGAUGGGAAGAAGCUGAGCCCCAGCCAGAAGGUGCACGUGGAGGCCAAGGGCCGGAGUCCGCAGCUGGUGGUGCAGCAGGCGGGGAAGGCAGAUGCUGGGGAGUACACCUGUGAGGCCGAGGGCCAGAAGGUCACCUUCCACUUGGAUGUCAAAGAACCCCCUGUGGUGUUUGCCAAAGAGCAGAAGACUCAGAACAAGGUAGAGGCCAUGGCCGGUGGCAGCGCCACCCUGAGCUGUGAGCUGGCCCAGGCUCAGACAGAGGUGACCUGGUACAAGGAUGGGAAGAAGCUGAGCCCCAGCCAGAAGGUGCACGUGGAGGCCAAGGGCCGGAGUCGGCAGCUGGUGGUGCAGCAGGCGGGGAAGGCAGAUGCUGGGGAGUACACCUGUGAGGCCGGGGGCCAGAAGGUCACCUUCCAUUUGGAUGUCAAAGAGCCCCCAAUCGUGUUUGCCAAGGAGCAGCGGACUCAGAGUAAGGUAGAAGCUGUGGCUGGUAGCAGCGCCACCCUAAGCUGUGAGCUGGCCCAGGCCCAGACGGAGGUGACCUGGUACAAGGAUGGGAAAAAGCUGAGCCCCAGCCAGAAGGUGCACGUGGAGGCCAAGGGCCGGAGUCGGCAGCUGGUGGUGCAGCAGGCGGGGAAGGCAGAUGCUGGGGAGUACACCUGUGAGGCCGGGGGCCAGAAGGUCACCUUCCACUUGGAUGUUAAAGAGCCUCCAGUGGUGUUUGCCAAGGAGCAGAAGACACAGAGCAAGGUGGAGGCUGUGGCCGGUGGCAGCGCCACCCUGAGCUGUGAGCUGGCCCAGGCCCAGACAGAGGUGAUCUGGUACAAGGAUGGGAAGAAGCUGAGCCCCAGCCAGAAGGUGCACGUGGAGGCCAAGGGCCGGAGUCGGCAGCUGGUGGUACAGCAGGCGGGAAAGGCAGAUGCUGGGGAGUACACCUGUGAGGCCGGAGGCCAGAAGGUCACCUUCCGUCUGGAUGUCAAAGAGUCUGUGGUGAUUUUUACCAAGGAACAAAACAUGCAAAAUGAAGUACAGGUAAUAUCUGGGGCCAGCGCCACCCUGAGCUGUGAGCUGGCCCAGGCCCAGACAGAAGUGACCUGGUACAAGGAUGGGAAGAAGCUGAGCCCCAGCCAGAAGGUUCAUGUGGAGGCCAAGGGCCAGAGACGGCAGUUGGUGGUGCAGCAGGUGGGGAAGGAGGAUUCUGGGGAGUACACCUGUGAGGCCGGGGGCCAGAAGGUCACCUUCCGUUUGGACAUCAAAGAUUCUGUGGCUGUCUUUGCCAAGGAGCAGCAGACUCAGAACCAGGUGGAGGCCAUGGCGGGUAGCAGUGCGACCUUGAGCUGCGAGGUGGCCGAAGCCCAGACAGAGGUGACCUGGUAUAAGGAUGGGAAGAAGCUGAGCCCCAGCCAGAAGGUGCACGUGGAGGCCAAGGGCCGGAGUCGGCAGCUGGUGGUGCAGCAGGCAGAGAGGACAGAUGCUGGGGAGUACACCUGUGAGGCUGGGGGCCAGAAGGUCACCUUCCGUCUGGACAUCCAAGAACCAGAAACAAAGGCCCCCGAGAAGCCUGCUAGGCGGGAGCCGCUGGUGGUGCGGGAGCACGAGGACAUCGUUCUGGCGGCCACGGUCUCGGCGGCCGCGGCCGCGGUCACAUGGCUGAAGGACGGGCUGGAGAUCCGGCGCAGCAAGCGCUGCGUGUUUUCCAGCGAGGGAACCCGCCACACUCUCACCGUGUGCGGCGCUCAGACGCAGGACAGUGCCGUCUACACCUGCAGAGCCGGCAAAGAGAAGCAAGACUUUUCGGUGCAGGUGGAAGAGGUCCCUGUGAAGUUUGCCCGACCCCUGGAGCCGGUGAGCGGAGCCGUGGGGCAGACGGUGGUUCUGUCCUGCGAGCUGAGCCACGCGCUGGGCGACGUGGUGUGGCGCUGCGGCGGCAGGGAGAUCCGUUCUGGCAAGCGGUUCCAGCUGGAGGCCGAGGGGCCCCGGCGCAGCCUGACCAUCGUGGGCCUGAGGGCUGAGGACGAGGGCGAGUACUGCUGUGAGAGUCGCAACGACAAGACCACCGCCCGGCUCAGCGCCGUAGUCCCUCGAAUGGUCAAGUUCACAUCGGGCCUGAUCAACAUUGUCUCGGAGGAGGGCCAGGAGGCUACCUUCCAGUGCGUGGUUGCCCCCAGCAAUGCUGUGGUGGUCUGGAGUCGGAAUGGUGUGAAGCUGGAGCCUAGUGCCAAAUAUGUCAUCUCUCAGAGCGACGCCAGCCACAGCCUCGUCAUUACCGCCCUGACCCUGGAGGAUGCCUGCCAGAUCACGGCCGAGGCUGAAGGGGCCACCACAACGGCCAGCCUCAGAGUCCGAGAGGCUCCAAUUUUGUUCAAGAGGAAGCUGGAACCCCUGACCGUGGAAGAGAAAGGUUCAGUGUUAUUGGAAGUGGAGCUGACCAAGCCUUGUUCUUCUGUGAAGUGGACUCGGAACACCGCGGCCUUGGUGCCUGGGGAGAACGUGGAGAUCCGGGCCGAAGGCACGCGCCAUAGCCUACUGCUUAAGAACGUCAGCUUCUCUGACCGGGGAUUUUUUGGCUGCGAGACGCCUGAUGACAAGACGCAGGCUAAGCUCAAUGUGGAGAUGCGUCAGAUCCGGCUAGUACGAGGUUUGCAGGCCAUAGAGGUGCGGGAGCAGGGAACAGUGACCUUGGAGGUGGAACUCUCACACAGUGAUGUGGAAGGCAACUGGACCCGAGAUGGCCUGAAACUCAAGUCUCAGGAUAACUGCUCUAUCACAGUCCAGAGUGUGAUCCACAAAUUGAUUCUAUCCAACCUGAGCCUAGAGGAUGCUGGACUCAUAGCCUUCAAGGCAGAGGGUGUCCACACAUCUGCAAGACUGACAGUCAUUGAGCUUCCUGUGAAGUUUAGCCACCCCUUGCAGGAUAUUGUGGCUACGGAGAAGGAGAAGGUCACUUUGGAGUGUGAAUUAUCCCGGGCCAGCCAUGAUGUUAAGUGGUUGAAGGACGGAGUGGUACUUCGAGCAGGGAAGACACUAGGAAUUGUUUCCCAGGGGACCAAGAGGAGCCUUGUCAUCCACAAGUGUGAGUUUGGAGACCAGGGUACCUAUGUAUGUGAUGCUGGUGAUGCUAAAACUUCAGCCACACUGCAAGUGCAAGGGAGGAAUAUACAGAUCGUGAAGCCCCUGGAAGAUGUGGAAGUGAUGGAGAAGGAGAGUGCAACUUUCACCUGCCAGAUCUCCCAUGAUGAGGUACAGACCCAAUGGUACAAGAAUGAAGGCAAGAUCCGGCCUGGGGAUAACAUCAGGAUGCGACAGGAAGGAACAACCUACACCUUGCUCUACCGGAAAGUUAUGGUAGAAGAUGCUGCAGAGAUCAAAUUUGUGGCAGAGAACGCAGAAUCUCGAGCCCAGCUGAGAGUAAAAGAGCUGCCAGUGGUAAUUGUGCGACCACUGAGGGACAAAAUUGCCAUGGAGAAGCACCGGGGAGUGCUGGAAUGCCAGGUGUCAAGGGCUAGUGCCCAGGUCCGAUGGUUUAAGAAGGACGUGGAGCUCUGUGCUGGACCCAAGUAUGAGAUAGUCAGUGAUGGUAUCUAUCGGAAGCUGAUCAUCAAUGAUGCUCAACCAGAAGAUGAGGAUACAUAUACCUGUGAUGCUGGUGAUGCUAAAACCAGUGCCCAUUUCUUUGUGGAAGAACAAUCCAUUACCAUUGUACGGAACCUGAAAGACAUGGAAGUGAUGGAACCGGCUCCAGCCUGGUUUGAGUGUGAGACCUCCAUUCCAUCUGUUCGUCCCCCCAAGUGGCUGCUGGGCAAGACAGUGCUGCAGGCUGGGCGAGAUGUGACGAUUGAACAAAUGGAGACGGUCCACCGCCUGACCCUGCACCGCACCUGCUCCACCAUGACGGGCCCUGUGCACUUCACCAUUGGCAAAUCCAAGUCCACAGCUCAGCUCAUCGUCUCAGAUAUUCCUGUUGUGCUGAUCAGGAAGAUGGAGGACAAGACUGGCCGGGAGAAGCAAUCUGUGGUCCUGUCUUGCGAUUUUAAGCCUGCUCCUAAGGCAGUGCAGUGGUACAAGGGGGACAGCCCUCUUGAACCCUCUGACAAAUACAAAAUGAAGCUGGAGAAUCACAUGGCAGAGCUGCGGAUCCUGAAGCUCACACCUAACGAUGAGGGUCUCUAUCGGUGCCAGGCUGGUAACACUGAGAGCAGCGCCACAGUCACUGUGGAAGCUCGAGAAGUGUCAGUGGUACAGCCCCUUCAGGAUGUGGAAGCGACCGAGGAGAGCUCUGCCAGAUUCUCAUGUGAGCUGUCUCAUGAGGAUGAGGAGGUGGAAUGGCUAUUGAAUGGAACUCUACUCUAUAACGACAGCUUUCAUGAAAUCUCCCACAUGGGAAGCUGCCAUACGUUGGUGCUUAAGCGUGUGAGCCUGGCAGACACAGGCACAGUGAGCCUCAAGUCAGCCAAAGUAUCACAGUCAGCCCAGCUGAUGGUUAAAGAGAAGCCUAUGGUGUUCCUCAAGCCCCUGGAUGACAUGGCAGGUGAAGAGAAGGGCACUCUGGCUCUGGAAUGUGAAGUCUCCCACCCAAAGGCCCAAGCCACCUGGAGAAAGGACGGCGUGGAGUUGGGCCCCAGUGACAAAUAUGAUAUCCUGCACACUGACCGAACCCGGGGUCUUGUGGUACAUGACCUUUCUCGAGAUGAUGCUGGACUGUACACCUGUGACAUUGGCACUGACCUGACCCGCUCCCAAGUCAGUGUGCACGACCUGCACAUUGGAAUCACUAAACGAUUAAAAACCACGGAGGUGCUAGAGGGAGAGAGCUGCACCUUGGAGUGUAUCCUGUCCCACCAGAGUGCUGGUGAUGUGGGCACUUGGACAGUUGAUGGAAAAGAGGUGGGUGGCUCUGGCCGCUUUCGGGCCUCAUGCCAGGGUCGCAAAUACACCCUCACCCUCCGAAAUGCUGCGAUGACAGAUGCCGGCGAGGUGGUGUUCACUGUCCGUGAUCUCACUUCCAAAGCCUCCUUGAUCAUCAAAGAAAAGCCAGCAUCCAUCACCAAGCCCCUGGAGGACCAAAGAGCAGCAGCUGGGGAGGACGUGAGCCUGAGCUGUGAACUCUCCAAGGCCGGUGCCACUGUGAGGUGGAUGAAGGAUGGCAAAGCCAUCAGGAAGGGUCCCAGAUAUGAUCUACGCUAUGAGGGGUCCCAGGCUAUUCUUGUCAUCCGCAGGGCCUCCCUCAAGGACUCUGGCGAGUACACAUGUGAGACUGAGGUCUCAAAGAGCAAAGCCACCCUCAGAGUGGAAGAGAAGCCCAAUCGCUUCACCAAGGAGCUGGCCGAUGUGAAGGGCGAGGAGAAGGGCACGGCGGUGUUUGAGUGUGAGACGGAGAAGCCAGCCUCGGCUGUGACGUGGCGGAAGGGCAUCAUGGAGCUGCGUGCCACCAAAAAGCACGCGCCCAGCCAAGCAGGCACAGCCCUGAAGCUCACCAUCUCCCCUCUGGAGAAAGGGGACGCUGACACCUAUACCUGCGACAUUGGUGACGCUCAGUCCCAGGCUCAGCUUACAGUGCAAGGACAAAAAAUCCUCAUUACCGAGGACCUGGAAGAUGUGGAAGUUUCUGAAGGGUCCUCAGCCACAUUUCGAUGCCGGAUCUCACCUGCUGACUAUAGUCCUGUUCAGUGGUUUCUGGAUAAGACCCCACUACACACAAAUGAACUCAAUGACAUUGAUGUGCAGCCAGGGGGCUACCACAUGCUGACUGUGAGGCAGCUUGCCCUCAAGGAUUCGGGGACAAUCCACUUUGAGGCAGGUGACCAAAGGACAUCUGCUGCCUUGAGAGUCAUAGAGAAACCCUUUGAAUUUUCCCGGGAGCUUACUGAUGCUACAGUUAUCGCAGGGGAGACUGUGACCCUGUGCUGUGAGACCACAAUCCCAGACAACCCAGUGCGCUGGACCAAGGAUGGGAAGGCCCUGCGGCCCUCAGCCAAGUGCCAGAUCAGUCGCGAAGGUUGUGAAGCUCGACUGGUUAUCACCAGUGUCAGAGAACAAGAUGGCGGGCGCUACGUGUGUGAAUUUGGCAAGGCCCGGACCAGUUCCAUCAUCAGGAUUCAAGCUGCACCCAUCCACUUCAAAGAGGGGCUGAAAGCCAUAGAAGUAUCUGAGGGAGGAGCUACCACUCUGCGCUGUGUCCUCUCUGCGGUGGCUGCCCCCGUGGAGUGGCACAAGGGGAGCGAGGUGAUCCAGUCGAGCAGCAAAUAUCAUCUGCGGCAGGAGGGAGCCACUCUCGAGCUGAUCGUCCGGGACCUGGAGCCUCAGGACAGCGGAGAGUAUUCCUGUGUCUUCAAGGACCAGAAGACCACUGCCACCUUGACUGUCAAGGAGCUCCCUGUAAGGUUCAUAGUUGAUCUGCAAAGUGCUGAGGCCACAGAAGGAAGCACAGCCACACUUCAGUGUGAGCUGAGCAAGGCAGCUCCUGUGGAGUGGAAGAGAGGUCCGAAGAGGCUCCGGGCCAGCGACCGCUACAGCCUGAGACAGGAUGGGGCUGUGUGUGAGCUGGUGAUCCACGGCCUGGACGUUGGUGACGCUGGAGAGUAUACCUGUGUGUGUGGAGAGGAGACGACUACAGCGAAGUUAACAGUGAAGGCCCUGCCUGCCCAGUUCUCUGAGGGUCUGGAGAACACAGAGAGCACAGAAGGAGCCACAGCCACGCUGCGGUGUAAGUUGAGUAAGGCGGCUCCUGUGGAGUGGAGAAAGGGUCAGAAGAGGCUCCGAGCCAGUGACAGAUACAGCCUGAGGCAGGAUGGGGCUGUGUGUGAGCUGGUGAUCCAGAAGCUAGAUGUGGAGGAUUCCGGCGUCUACACCUGUGUGAGUGGAGAAGCAAUCACCACAGCGACCUUGGAAGUGAAGGCUCUACCUGCCAAGUUCAUUGAAGGACUACAGAGCAUGGAAACCACAGAAGGUAGCUCAUCCACAAUGCAUUGCAAGCUAAGCAAGAUGGCCCCAGUAGAGUGGAGGAAGGGGUUGAAGAAACUCCGAGUCAGUGACAGAUACAACCUGAGACAGGAUGGGGCUGUGUGUGAGCUGGUGAUCUUCAACCUUAAUAUCGAUGAUACUGGAGACUACAUCUGUGUGUGUGGAGAGGAAAAGACCACAAUGACCUUGACAGUGAAGGCUCUGCCCACGCGGUUCUUGAAGGGUCUGAGAAGUAUGGAAGCAGCUGAAGGUUCCACAGCCACUCUACACUGUGAGUUGAGCAAGGAAUCUCCUGUGGAGUGGAGGAAGGGGCAAGAGAAGCUCCCAGCCAGUGACAGAUACAGCUCAAGGCAGGAUGGGGUAGUGUGUGAGCUGGUGAUCCACAGCUUGGACCUGGAUGAUGCAGGAGACUACACCUGUGUGUGUGGAGAGGAGAAGACCACGGCAAAUCUGAAUGUCAAGGCUGUGCCAGCUCAGUUCACAAAAGGCCUAAAGAUAAUGAAGGCUACAGAAGGCUCCAUGGUCACCCUGCACUGUGAGCUGAGCAAGGAAGCGCCUGUGGAGUGGAGGAAGGGGCCAGAGAAGCUCCAAGGCAGUGAUAGAUACAGCCUGAAGCAAGAUGGUGUUGUGUGUGAGCUGGUGAUCCACAGGCUUGCUCUGGAGGAUGCUGGAGACUACACCUGUGUGUGUGGAGACGAGAAGACUAAGGCAACCUUGACUGUCAAGGCCCUGCCUGCCAAGUUUACAAAAGGUCUACAAAAGACUGAGGCCUUUGAAGGCUCCAUGAUCACUCUACACUGUGAGCUGAGCAAGGCAGCCCUUGUGGAGUGGAGGAAGGGGCCAGAGAAGGUCCAAGCCAGUGACCGAUACAUCCCAAGGCAGGAUGGGACUGUGUGUGAGCUGGUGAUUCACAGUCUUAACCUGGAUGAUGUUGGAGACUAUACCUGUGUGUGUGGAGAUGAGAAGACCAAGGCAACCUUGACUGUCAAGGCCCUGCCUGCCAAGUUCACAAAAAUUCUACAAAAGGCUGAGGCCAUUGAAGGCUCCAUGGUCAUCCUGCACUGUGAGCUGAGCAAAGCAGCCCCUGUGGAGUGGAGGAAGGGACCAGUGAAGCUCCAAGCCAGUGACAGAUACAGCCUGAGGCAGGAUGGGAUUGUGUGUGAGCUGGUGAUCCACAGAGUGGACAUGGAGGAUGCUGGAGACUACACCUGUGUGUGUGGAGAGGAGAAGACCAAGGCAACCUUAACUGUCAAGGCCCUCCCUGCCAAGUUCAUAAAAAGUCUACAGAAAACUGAGGCCAUUGAAGGCUCCAUGGUCACCCUGCGCUGUGAGCUGAGCAAGGCAGCCCCUGUCGAGUGGAGGAAGGGGCCAGAGAAGCUCCAAGUCAGUGACAGAUACAGCUCAAAACAGGAAGGGAUUGUAUGUGAGCUGGUGAUCCACAGGCUGGAUGUGGAAGAUGCUGGAGACUACACCUGUGCAUGUGGAGAGGAAGAGACUAAGAUGACCUUAACUGUCAAGGCCCUCCCUGCCAAGUUCACAAAAGGUCUACAGAAAACUGAGGCCAUUGAAGGCUCCAUGGUCACCCUGGGCUGUGAGCUGAGCAAGGCAGCCCCUGUGGAGUGGAGGAAGGGGCCAGAGAAUCUCCAAGCCAGUGACAGAUAUACCCUGAAGCAAGAUGGCAUUGUGCAUGAGCUGGUGAUCCACAGGCUUGAUCUGGAGGAUGCUGGAGAUUACACCUGUGUGUGUGGCGAUGAGAAGACCAAGGCAUCCUUAACUGUCAAGGCCCUGCCUGCCAAGUUUACAAAAGUUCUGCAGAAAACUGAGGCCAUUGAAGGCUCCAUGGUCACCCUGCGCUGUGAGCUGAGCAAGGCAGCCCCUGUGGAGUGGAGGAAGGGGCCAGAGAAGCUCCAAGGCAGUGACAGAUUCAGCCUGAAGCAGGAUGGGAUUGUGUGUGAGCUGGUGAUCCACAGGCUGGAUGUAGAGGAUGCUGGAGAUUACACCUGUGUGUGUGGAGACGAGAAGACCAAAGCAACCUUAAUUGUCAAGGCCCUCCCUGCCAAGUUCACAAAAGGUCUACAGAAAACUGAGGCCAUUGAAGGCUCCAUGGUCACCCUGCGCUGUGAGCUGAGCAAGGUAGCCCCUGUCGAGUGGAGGAAGGGGCCAGAGAAGCUCCAAGGCAGUGACAGAUUCAGCCUGAAGCAGGAUGGGAUUGUGUGUGAGCUGGUGAUCCACAGGCUGGACAUGGAGGAUGCUGGAGAUUACACCUGUGUGUGUGGAGACGAGAAGACUAAGGCAACCUUGACUGUCAAGGCCCUUCCUGCCCAGUUCCUACAGGUUCUGGGGGCUGUGGAAGCCACAGAAGGGGAUAAAGCCAUUCUGAGAUGUGAGCUGAGCAAGGCAGCCCCUGUGGAGUGGAGGAAGGGGCCAGAGAAGCUCCAAGCCAGUGACAGAUACAGCCUGAAGCAGGAUGGCAUUGUGCAUGAGCUGGUGAUCCACAGGCUUGAUCUGGAGGAUGCUGGAGAUUACACCUGUGUGUGUGGAGACGAGAAGACCAAAGCAACCUUGACUGUCAAGGCCCUCCCUGCCAAGUUCACAAAAGGUCUACAGAAAACUGAGGCCAUUGAAGGCUCCAUGGUCACCCUGGGCUGUGAGCUGAGCAAGGCAGCCCCUGUGGAGUGGAGGAAGGGGCCAGAGAAUCUCCAAGCCAGUGACAGAUAUACCCUGAAGCAAGAUGGCAUUGUGCAUGAGCUGGUGAUCCACAGGCUUGAUCUGGAGGAUGCUGGAGAUUACACCUGUGUGUGUGGCGAUGAGAAGACCACAGCGAUUCUGACUGUGAAGGCCCUCCCCAGCAAGUUCAUAGAAGAACUCCACAUCACUGAGGCCACAGAAGGGACUACAGCCAUACUACACUGUCAGCUGAACAAGGCGGCCUCUGUAGAGUGGAGGAAGGGGUCACAGGUGCUUCAAGACAGUGACCAAUACAGCCUGAGGCAGGAUGGGGCAGUGUGUGAGCUGGUGAUCCACAGGCUGGACAUGGAGGAUAGUGGAGACUACACCUGUGUGUGUGGAAAGGAGAGAACCACAGCGACUCUGAUUGUGAAGGCCCAGAAGGUUGUGUUCCGGAAACCCCUGAAAAGCCAGCAGGCUGAGGAGGGUGAGACUGUGACCCUUCGGUGUGAACUCUCUAAGUCUGAAGCCCCAGUGAUCUGGAGCAAAGGUGGUCUGGAGAUUCAGACUGACGAGAGGAUCCAAGUACGCCAGAAGGGUUGUAUCUCUGAGCUGCUAAUCAACCAUCUGCAGCUAGAGGACACAGGUGACUACAGUUGUGACUGUGGGGACCAGACCACCAGUGCUACCCUGACUGUCAAAGCCCUGCCUGUAGUGUUCCGUAAGAAGCUGCGGGCCCAGGAUGGGGAGGUGGGCUCCACCGUUCGGCUGCACUGUGAGCUCAGCAAAGAGAAUGCAAGCGUGGAGUGGAGGAAGGGAGCCGUACAGUUGUUUCCCUGCGCCAAAUAUGAGAUGGUGCUCCAGGGAACUGUGGCUGAGCUUAUCAUCCAUGAUGCUGAGCAGGAGGACACGGGUGACUACACCUGUGACACGGGAGACCAGCAGGCCACUGCUACCCUUACAGUGAAUGCGGCCAAGCCCAAGUUCAAGACCCGCCUGCAUAGUGAAGAACUGGAGGAAGGCACCACAGCCCGCCUGCAUUGUGAACUGAGUGUGUCCCAGACCACUGUUGAGUGGAGGAAGGAGGGCGAGCUGCUCCGGCCUGGCUCCAAGUAUGAGAUGAGGAAGGAAGGCAGUGUCUGUGAGCUUCUGAUACAUGGCCUGGAGGCCAAAGACACUGGCGAGUACGCCUGUGUGGCUGGUGAUCAGAAGACCCUGGCUACAGUCAAGGUGAAAGAGCCUGAAGUGACCAUCGUCAAAGGACUGACAGACAUGGAGGUAUUCGCCGAUGAGGACGUUGAGUUCCGCUGUGAGGUAUCCAGGGAGCAGGCAGGAAACGUGGAGUGGAAGCUUCAGGGCCUGGCCCUGCAGACCAAUGAGAUGAAUGAGAUCUCAGUGGUGGGAGGCCGGACACACACACUGAAGCUGAGGAAUGUCACGCCAGAAGACACGGGAACUAUCUCCUUCUCUGUGGGUCGCCACACAUCAACGGCUGAGCUCCUUGUCAAAGCUCCACCUCCUGCCUUCUCUGAGAAGCUGCAGAACAUGGAGGCCAAGGAAGCCUCCUCUGUCACCCUCCGCUGUGUUCUGGCCUCUUCUGAGGCCCAGGUAGAGUGGAGGAAGGGUGGGGAGAAGAUCACCCCCAGUGCCAAGUAUGAGCUCCAGCAACAGGGCAGCGUCCACACCCUGAGGAUCCACCACCUCACCCCUGAUGAUGAGGGUGAAUACACGUGUGAGAGUGGAAAGGAGAAGACCACAGCAGCUUUGACCAUCCAAGCUUCCCCAGCCCUCUUCAAGCAUGAACUACAGCCCCAGGUGGCCUCAGAGGGAGCUGUGGCCAUUCUGCGGGCUGAGCUCUCCAAGCCCGAUGCCCCAGUCUUCUGGAAACGGGGGUCCGUUCGACUUCAGCCCAGUGCCAAGUAUGAGAUGAGGCAAGAUGGGGUGAUAGUAGAACUGAUCAUUCGAGACCUGCAGCUCUCAGACGCUGGCAGCUAUACCUGUGACUCCAAGGACCAGCAGACAACAGCCACUCUAAGCAUUGCAGCGCCUGAGGUCACCAUUGUCGAGCCCCUUCGGGAUGUGAAGCUGUGUGAGGGGGAGGAUGCCAAGUUUGUGUGCCGGCUCUCGAGGGCCCCGGGGCAGGAGGUCCAGUGGCGCCUGGGUGGCGUGCCCCUCCAGUCCAAUGAGAUGAACGAGAUCACCGCAGAGCGUGGCACCCUCCACACACUCACCCUCCGGAAGGUGACCGUGGAGGAUGCUGGAAUGGUCAGCUUUCACGUGGGGACCAGCAGCUCUCAGGCCCAGCUCUGUGUCACAGCAAUGACACCUGUACAUUUCCAAGAAGAACUCCAGGAUGUCACUUCAACAGAGGAAGGCACAGCCACCCUACAUUGUGAAAUUUCCACACCUGGCACUCCUGUGGAAUGGAGGAAAGGAGAGCAGGUCCUGAAGGCCAGUGCCAAGUAUCAGAUCCGCCAGGUGGGCACCCGGGCUGAACUCAUCAUCCACACCUUGGAGGCAGAAGACGUUGGUGCUUACACCUGCAUCGUGGGAGACAAGCAGAGCACGGCCACUGUCUCCAUGCAAGCAGCAACACCUGUUCACUUUCAAGAAGAACUCCAGGAUGUCACUUCAACAGAGCAAGGUACCGCCAUCCUGCACUGCAAAAUUUCUACACCUGGCACCCCUGUGGAAUGGAGGAAAGGAGGGCAGGUCCUGAAGGCCAGUGCCAAGUAUGAGAUCCGCCAGGUGGGUACCCAAGCUGAACUCAUCAUCCACACCUUGGAGGCAGAAGACGUUGGCGCUUACACCUGCAUCGCGGGAGACAAGCAGAGCACGGCCACUGUCUCCAUACAAGAAGAGGAAUUCCGGCUAGUGCACGGUUUACAGAAUGUCGACGUCUUUGUGGGUGAGGCAGCCACCUUCUCCUGUGAGCUGUCUGCCAGGGGCAUCGGCAGGGCCCGCUGGUGGCUGGAUGGGACUCUGCUCCAAGAUGGUCCCUUCAGUUCAAUUUCCGUGCACGGCGGGACAGUCCACACCUUGACGCUCAGGGACCUGGGGCCCCAGGACUCAGGGACCAUCACCUUCCGGGCGGGGUCUCUUGUAUCCUCAGCUAAAUUAUUAAUCAAAGAUCCCACCGUCGAAGUGGUCAGUGCCAUGAAGGACCUGACCGUCGAGGAGAACAGCAUGGCCGAAUUCAUAUGCCAGUAUUCCCGGCCUGUACGGGCCACGUGGAAGAUCAAUGAGCAGGAGGUCCGUGUGGAUGGGCAGCGCAUCCUUGUUGAGCAGGAUUGGAAUGUAGCCAAGCUAACCAUUAAACCUGCCCUCCCGUGUGACAGCGGCGUCUAUUCUUGUGAAGCGGAGGGCACCCGCGUGGUGGCUCUGCUUGAUGUCCAAGCCAAGAACACCAUUGUCCGAGGCUUGGAAAACGUGGAGGCAGUGGAAGGAGGAGAAGCCCUGUUUGAGUGCCAUUUGGCCAAGCCAGAGGUUGCCAAUCACAGCUGGCUGAUGGAUGAUGUGCCUGUGAGAACCUCAGAGAACAUUGAGAUGGUCUACUUUGAGAAUGGCCGGAGGCACCUGCUACUGUUAAAGAACCUGACUCCCCAGGACAGCUGUCGAGUGACCUUCCUAGUCAAUGAUAUGGUCACAUCUGCUUUUCUGACUGUCAAAGGCUGGCGUCUGGAAUUCCUGGAGUCUUUGCUCGAUUUGGAGGUCAAGGUUGGCAGCAAAGCCACCUUUGGCUGCAUGCUCAGUGAGACAGUCCCUGUCAAUGAGGUGACCUGGUACAUCAAUGGCACCGAAAUUCAGCCAGAUAAGGACUGGACAAUCCAAGUUGAUGGCUGCCGCCAUGUUUUGCUCCUCAGGAAUGCCCAGCCACACCAUGCUGGGGAGGUGACCUUCGCGGCAAGAGAUGCUGUUUCCUCAGCCAAGCUGUCUGUGAUCAGUCUCCCUGACCCUCCUGAAGAUGCUGAGGUUGUAAAACAGAGUGGUCGCUCAGUAACUUUGUCAUGGGCAGCUCCAGCGAGUGAUGGUGGUGCUGGCUUGCUUGGGUACAGGGUGGAAAUGAAGACAGCAACAGGUGAAUGGCAACUUUGCCACAAAGACUUGGUCCCAGGCACCGAGUGUGUAGUGAGCGACCUGAUCCCUGGGGAGCCCUACCGCUUCCGAAUUGCAGCUGUAGGUCACGUGGGUGCAGGAGAGCCUGUGCACCUGCCUCAGACGGUGAAGCUUGAGCCUUUAGAGGCAGUCGCCUCAGCCUCCAUAAGCAAGUUGGUGGUGGUCGGUGAGGAAGCUUGCCUGGAAUGUGAGGUAGCAGGUGAGAUCCAGGAAAUAACCUGGAAGAAAGGGAAUGAACUGAUUCAGCCUGGGGGCCGCUAUGAGCUCAUCUCCAAAGGCAAGAAGCAAACGCUAGUGAUCCAUGGUUUCCGACCUGAUGACCAAGGCUCCUACACUUGUAGCUCCACCAGUAGCAAAGCCCCUGCCACUGCAUCUUUUGAAGUGGCUGUGUUGCAGAGCCCAGAGGCAGAAGCCCUGACCGACGGCCUUGCCCAGCCCAGCUUGCCCCCAGAAGCAGCCCAGGAAGGUGACCUGCACCUGCUGUGGGAAGCUCUUGCCAAAAAGCGCCGCAUGAGCCGGGAGCCCACUCUGGACUCCAUCAGUGAGCUGCCUGAGGAGGACGAGCGGCUGCAGAGGCUCCGGCGAGAAGUGGAGGAAGCCGUCCAGGAUUUCUCCGAGGGCUACUCUACUCCCGAUGAGCUGGCCCGCACUGGCGAAGCUGACCUCUCACACACCAGUUCUGAUGACGAGUCCCGGGCUGGCACGCCAUCCCUUGUCAGCUACCUCAAGAAGGCAGGAAAGCCCAGGGACAAGGCCCAGGUCCCAGGCGCUGCCGCUGCAAGCAAGCUUGGGAAACCGUGGCAGCAGGCGGGGGCUGAGCCCGUGGUCACCCCUGGGCUGCCCGGCGACCUGACUACGGAGAUCCUGGAGGACCCAUCCAUGGACAAGGCUGCCAUAAAGAUACAGGCCGCGUUCAAGGGUUACAAGGUGAGAAAGGAGAUGAAGCAGCACGAGGGGCCCAGCUUCCGGGACACUUUCAGGGACGUCGUGGUGGAGGCAGGAGGCUCCCUGCACCUAGAGUGUGUGGCUGUCAGCAAGACGGACAUGAGGACCUGCUGGCUCAAGGAUGGAGUCGAGCUGACGGAUGGCCGGCACUACCACAUAGAUAGCUAUGGGGAUGGCACCUGCUCCCUGCUGGUCACUGGCCUGGAGGCCCGGGACGCCGGCCGCUACACCUGCCAGGUGACCAACAAGUUCGGCCGCAUCUCCCACAGCGCCCAGGUGAGCGUGACAGGGGCCGCCGUGACCAGCGGAGCCGAGAGUGAGGCAGAGAGCUCAUCGGGCAGUGAGGUGGACGACGCUUUCCGCCAGGCUGCCCGGAGACUCCACCGCCUGUUCCGGACCAAGGCCGCCUCGGAAGUGUCCGAUGAGGAGCUGUUCUUCAGUGCAGAGGAGGGCAGCGUGGAGUUGGAGGAGCCCAGCGACCGACAAACCUACCGGGAGGAUGACCGCUACAUCUACAUUCGGUUUGAGACUGCCACUGAGGCCCGCCAGGCGACCACCCGCUUCCAAGAGAUGUUUGCCACCCUAGGCAUCCUGGUGGAAAUCAACAUCCUGGAGCAGGGGCCCCACAAGGUGGAGAUGCGCAUCAUGAAGGUGGCCCAAGCCCCAGCCAGCCAGCUUGCCUACCCUGCGGCUCCCAAGGAGCACCCCUCGACGCUGCUGACCUCGGACACAGCUCCUAUGUUCCUGACGGAGUUACAGAACCAAGAGGUGCAGGAUGGCUACCCCGUCAGCUUUGACUGUGUGGUGGCUGGCCAACCUGUGCCCAGUGUGCGCUGGUUCAAAGAUGGCAAGGUGCUAGAAGAGGAUGACCACUACAUGAUCAACGAGGACCAGCAGGGUGGCCACCAGCUGAUCAUCACGGCUGUGGUACCUGCCGACAUGGGUGUCUACCGCUGUCUGGCUGAGAACAGCAUGGGCGUCUCUUCUACCAAGGCGGAACUCCGUGUAGACUUGACAAGCACUGACUAUGACACAGCAGCCGAUGCUACAGAGACUUCUUCCUAUUUCAGUGCUCAGGGUUAUCUGUCCAGCCGAGAACAAGAAGGUGCAGAGUCAACUGCAGAAGAAGGGCAACUGCCCCAAAUUCUAGAGGAUCUCCAAGACAUCAAAGUGGCCCCUGGUGCCCGACUGGCUAAAUUCCACCUCAAGGUGAAAGGGUACCCAAUGCCCCGCCUCUACUGGUUCAAGGAUGGUCAGCCCUUAUCUACCUCCUCCCGGAUCCGAAAGACCGAUAAGAAGACAGUUCACACUCUAGAAAUCCUUAAUGUGACAAAGGAAGAUGCCGGGGAGUAUUCUGCCUACAUCAGAAACAUUGUGGGUUCUGCCUAUUCCUCUGCCCGGUUGCUGGUCCAGGGUCCCAAUGAACCAGAAAAGAAGAUAGAUUCAGGUCUUCAUGAACAACUUGUACCUCCAAGGUUCUUGGAAAGAUUUACCAAUAAGAAAGUAAAGACGGGCUCUAGCAUCACCCUUUCAGUGAAAGUUGAAGGGCAGCCUCCUCCAACAGUGAACUGGCUAAAGGAAGAAGCCAAUGAAGAUGUCCUCUGGAUCCGAGCUGACACUCCAGGUUAUAAGGUUGCUAGCUCCCACCUUCAGCAUAGCCUCAUCCUCCUAGACAUAAAGAAGCAACAUGAGGGCUCUUAUACAUGCAUUGCCACUAAUGGUGCCGGACAGUCCAUCUGCUCUGCUACUCUGAAAGUCACAGAUGAGACAGAUGGGAUGGCCAAAGGACAGAAGAAAGUCAAGGAAGCCCUCAUUUCAAAUCUGCUACAGGGAGCUGGAGCUGGCUUGGUUCAGACAUCAGAAACCACAGGUUUUAAUGAGGUUGAUCGACCAAAGAAAGGAGAACCAUCGGAAACUGAUGAGGGCCGAGGCCAUAUUUCCCUUGCUGAUGUUGGAACUGAAGAAUUCCUUCAGAAGUUGACAUCCCAGAUUACUGAGAUGGUGUCUGCUAAAAUCACUCAGGCCACUCUCCGUGUUCCUGGAGGGGAGAGUGAUGAUGAAUCCAAGACCCCUUCCCCAUCUCCCCGGCAUGGCCGGUCCCGACCUUCUUCCAGUGUCCAAGAGUCCUCCUCUGAGUCUGAAGAUGGGGAUGCCAGAGGGGAGAUCUUUGAUAUUUAUAUGGUCACAGCCAACUACCUACCCCUAGGAGCAGAUCCAGAGGCCAUCACAUUAAGGGAAGGCCAGUACGUGGAGGUCCUUGAUUCAGCCCACCCACUCAAAUGGCUGGUUCGGACCAAGCCGACCAAGUCCAGUCCUUCCCGGCAAGGCUGGGUAUCACCUGCUUAUCUGGACAAAAAGCUCAAGCUUUCACCAGAAUGGGCAGCCACUGAAGUGCCAGAGUUCCCUGGAGAAUCAGUCUCAGAGGACGAGUAUAAGAAGAGGCUAAAUGUCGUCAUCCAAGAUCUGCUGAGCUCAGAACAGGAUUUUGUCAGUGCCCUCAACUUCUUGCAGACUCACCAUUUGCAUCAUCUGGAGUCCAGCCCCAGUGUACCUGCCUCUGUGUCCAGCCAGAAGCCCAUCAUCUUCCGGAAUAUAAGUGACAUCGGCCACUUCCAUGCCGAUAGCUUUCUCCAGGAGUUAAAGAAAUGCGACACUGAUGACGAUGUGGCCAUGUGCUUCAUCAAGAAUGAAGGAGACUUUGAAAAGUACAUCCAGUACCUGGUGGGCCGCGUGCAGGCGGAGUCUGUGGUUGUCAGCAAGGCCGUCCAGGAAUUCUACAAGAAAUAUUCUGAGGAGAAACUUUCAGGAGCAGAUCCUUCCCAACCUCCUUUGCCUCCCCUGCAGCAUUACUUGGAGAAACCCAUCCACCGGAUCCAGCAAUAUCAGACUAUUAUCAAGGAGCUGAUCCGGAACAAGGCACGAAAUGGGCAGAACUGUGCCCUCCUGGAACAGGCCUAUGCAAUUGUGUCUGCCCUCUCCCAGCGAGCCGAGAACAAGCUUCAUGUCUCACUCAUUGAGAACUACCCUGGGAAUCUAGAGGCUCUGGGGGACCCUAUUCGCCAGAGUCACUUCAUCGUGUGGGAGGGGGCUCCCGGAGCCAGAAUGGGCUGGAAGGGCCACAACCGGCAUGUCUUCCUCUUCCGGAACCACCUGGUGAUCUGCAAGCCCAAACGGGACUCCAGGACAGACACCUACAGCUAUGUCUUCAGAAACAUGAUGAAGCUGAGCAACAUCGACGUGAACGACCAGGUGGAAGGGGAUGACCGGGCCUUCGAGGUCUGGCACGAGCGGGAGGACUCGGUUCGCAAGUACCUGCUGCAGGCGCGCACUGUCAUCAUCAAGAACUCCUGGGUGAAGGAAAUCUGCGGCAUCCAGCAGCGGCUCUCCUUGCCUGUCUGGAACCCUCCAGACUUUGAGGAAGAGCUAGCGGACUGUACUGCCAAGCUGGGUGAGACUGUCAAGCUUGCCUGCCGGGUGACAGGGACCCCAAAGCCUGUUGUCAGCUGGUACAAAGACGGGAAGCCAGUGGAUGUCGAUCGUCACCAUAUCUUCAUAGAAGACCCCGAUGGUUCCUACGCCCUCAUCCUGGACAAUCUGACGGGUGUGGACUCGGGACAGUACAUGUGCUUUGCUGCCAGUGCGGCUGGCAAUGCCAGCACCCUGGGCAAGAUCCUUGUGCUGGUCCCUCCACGAUUUGUGAACAAAGUCCGCACUGCCCACUUUGUGGAGGGUGAAGACACACAAUUUACGUGUACCAUUGAGGGAGCUCCUUACCCACAAAUAAGGUGGUACAAGAAUGGCACUCUGUUGACUGAGAGCAGCAAAUACCAGAUGUUCAAUGAACCCCGGAGUGGGGUGCUGGUACUAGUGAUCAAGAAGGCUUGCAAGGACGACAUGGGACAUUAUGAGUGUGAGCUAUCAAACAAACUAGGAUCAGCCCGCAGUGGAGCCGAACUGUUUGUGCAGAGUACUUCCUUACUGACCCAGGAGAAGAGAGGAGAACAGGCUAUCACUAUUGAAGAUAGGGCAUGUGAUGGCUCUGGAAAGCUACCCCAUGAAGACUGGAGCGGCCCCCAGCCUGCCCCAAGCACCAGCAAGAAAGAGGAGACGGCGGCAGCCAGUGGCCCCCAGGAGCGUACCAUCCCUAUUCGGAUGGAGGGUACAACCUGGCCAAAGAGCGAGACUGAGGAAGCCUGGGAUAUCCAUAGGCACAUCUAUGUUGAGACUACACAAAGGACCUGCAUCUAUCAGACUGGAGAUGGGAGCAUCACAAAACCCCCUUCUAUGCAGGUGACCAUUGAAGACAUACAGGCUCAAGCCGGAGAAACGACAAAGUUCCAGGCAAUCAUUGAAGGGCAUCCCCAGCCUACAGUGAGCUGGUACCAGGGCAGCACCUUGCUGACCAACAGUCCCCGAGUCUUCCAAGAACAAGAAGGCACCAACUACUCCCUGGUCUUGAAGGACAUUACCCAGCAGGACGCUGGCAUCUACACCUGCUUGGCCAGGAACGUCGGUGGCGAAGUCUUAUGCAAAGCAGAAUUGCUGGUUCAAGGUGGUGAAGCUGAGCAGGGAGCGGAGAGACAGAGUUACCGAAGGAAACUCCACUCCUUCUACGAAGUCAAGGAAGAAAUAGGAAGGGGUGCUUUUGGCUUUGUGAAGAGGGUUGAGCACAAAGGCAACAAGGUAUCCUGUGCCGCAAAGUUCAUCCCCCUUCGGUCCAAGACCCGGGCCCAGGCCUACCGAGAGCGGGACAUCCUGGCCACCUUGAACCAUAAUCUGGUCACCCAGCUCCUAGAUGAGUUUGAGACCAGGAAAACACUGAUUUUGAUCCUGGAACUGUGUUCCUCUGAAGAACUUCUGGACCGCUUGUACAAGAAGAAUGUGGUGACUGAAAAUGAGGUGAAGGUAUACAUAAAGCAAAUCUUAGAAGGCCUCCAGUACCUCCAUGACAAUGACAUCCUGCACUUGGACAUUAAGCCUCCUAAUAUCCUAAUGGUUCACCCAAGUAGGGAAGACAUUAAAAUCUGCGAUUUUGGUUUUGCCCAAAAAAUCAUCCCCUCGGAACCCCAAUACAGCAAAUUUGGCUCACCAGAGUUUGUCUCCCCGGAAAUUAUUGCCCAGACCCCUGUGACGACCACAUCAGAUAUCUGGGCUGUUGGUGUCAUCACCUACUUAAGUUUGACCUGCACAUCCCCAUUUGCUGGUGAGAAUGACCGGGCAACUCUUCUGAAUGUACGGGAGGGGAAGAUUUCCUGGAUCAUCCCCCAGGCUGUCCACCUGAGCGAGGAAGCAAAGGACUUUAUAAAGGGGAUUCUCCAGCUGGCACCAGAGGCAAGACCUAGUGCUUCCAAAUGUCUCACUCAUCCAUGGUUCAUGAUGCCCUCGGUUCCUCUGGAGGAAGCUCACUUCAUUAACACCAAGCAGCUGAAAUUUAUUGUGACCCGAAGCAGGUGGCAGCGGUCUCUGAUGUGCUAUAAAUCCAUCCUGGUGAUGCAGUCGAUCCCAGAGCUCCUGCAGGGCCCUUCGGACAGCCCAUCCCUUGGCAUCUCCCGGCACCUCAUCAAAGAGGCAAGCUACUCCACCAGCAGCUCCUCCUCAGACAAUGAGAUCGCAGCCUACUCUCGGGCCAAAUCCCUGCCUCCUUCUCCAGGAACGUAUUCCCCUGUCUUGCCCCCCAAGAGUCUUCUCCGAAGCUCCGCCAGCCUCCCUGAGGAGGGUGAAUUCCUUACAGGGGCCACAGGGACCCCAAGAAGUGCCAACCAACAGAGUGGCAGGCUGUCUCCUCGAGCUCCCCAGAGGUUCUGGGGGCAGCCUGUGUUACUGAAGUCAGCCUCUGCUGACAGUGUGACCUCCAAGGAAAGGGGAAGUGCGGCUAUAGGGGCAGCCUCAUCCCAAGAAGGAGACAGGGCAGCAGCCAAGGGAGCCACCUGCGUGCCCCGGCAAAGUGUUAUCAAGAGCACAUUCUCCUGGCAGGCCUGCGAGGCUGCCGAGGGUACACCUCCUGUCCAUGACUACAGGAAGCACUUGGAGCGGGCCCGGCGGAACCUUCUCAAGGGCUGGUACUCCAAGGGAGCCCUUCGGGGCCUGCGGGAGCCACUCCUAGAACAUUAUGAAAUGGAGCAGGAGGAAGCCCGGGAGUCCCAGCUAGGCCCACUGACCAAAUCACCAUCUUUUGAGACGGCUCUCCGGCUACCCGGCUCCACCUCCCGCGUCUCCAACCGAAGCCAUUCUUUUGAUGACUAUAGGCUAAGAACCAGCAGCCCCUUCCCAGAGCUAAGUGAGGGGAACGAGCAAAGCAAAGAGCUAGCUUCUGGUGAUACUAGUGGGGCCCACUCCCCUGCUGGAGGAUCCCCAAAGAUCAGCCACUCAGAAAGCCCUACCAUCCCCCGAGCACCAACCAAAAAGCAAGAAAUCAUGGCAGGAACAGUCUCACCAUCACAAGCUGCUUCAUUGCCUACCUCAUCAAGCCAAAAAGAAGAAGUCCUAAAGGCUAGGCCCCCUCUGCCCAAAAGUUCAGGUUCAAAAGGAGCAAGCACUUGCCAGGAAGGUCAGUGCCCUCCCUCAUCUGUCCCACAUUCACAGAUGGCUCGGAGCUCGCCUUGGGAGGAUGGAUUAAAGGAGGGUUCCUUAAAGAGUUCAAACCCCUUUCUGUUCAGUGAUUCCACAGCCACUUUCCAGGGUGGUAACCAUCCAUUGGUGAUCCCUAACUUGCAAGUAAGCCCAGGAGCAGCCACUGAAGACAAACCCACAGAUGAGACUCUGAAGCACUCAAACCCAUUUCUCUCCAGUGACCUGGGGCCCAGAAGUUUCCCAACCACAGGCUCUGGACCCUCUGCUUCCACCAGUGAUGAGGGUGAGCACAAGUUUGGAUCCCUAAAGCAAUCCAACCCAUUCUUAUAUAGCAAACCAGGAACAGCCCUACAGGAGGGCAGCCAGCUCAUUGGAAUCCCUGGAGACCCCCUAAAGAGCUCCAAUCCUUUCCUUUACCAUGAGCCUGGGUCUGCUCUUUCAGGGGACAGUGCUGCAUGGGAUACUACCCUCCUACAAAAACAGGGCACUCCCAGUUCAGCCUUACCUAGCACCCACAGGGAAGGGCUACUGAAGAUAUACAGCUCCCUCCUCCCAGGCCAGCCUCAGCCAACAGACUCCCCCAGGCCACCAGCCUUCCAACUCCAAACCAGCCCAUCCACAGGUUCAGUGAGUCAACUCCGGGGCUAUUCAGCAUCUGCUUUUCCAGGGGACACUUCCCCAUCAGAGGCUAUUGGAGGUUUGACUUCCAAGAGCGAAUAUUUCUAUAGUGCCACAGAAUCAGCAUCCUUAGAGGAUGUUGUAGAAAAAAUGGUAGAUUUGUCCAAGGAGAUGACAGUCCUUGCUGAUACAGUGUCUGACCAGCAGGGCCCAAAGGCACAGGCUACACCCAGGAAAUUUUCCUAUGGAGAGCGUGGGGGCUAUGUAGGAAUUGGGGGCUAUGGCAGUUUUGCUUUUGGUGGAGAGGGAAAUGUGCUGGGCCAAAGGCCCUUAUGGACCAUCAGAACCUGGACUGAAUCAAUAUCAUCUGAAGAACCCGAGGAGGUGAUACUGGAGAACACUCUAUCUGAGACAAAGUCUGCAUCCCUCCCUGAGAUUGUGGGAACUGGCCAGGGUGCUGAAAAAAAGAUUGAGAAGGUUGCAAAGAAGGAGACAGGGAAAGAAACUGGAAAGGGGUCAGGGGAAUUUCUCUCAUGGGAGGAAUUUGGCAAAAGCUCCCAAGUCUCCUUGGUGCAAAUCAAAGAUCUUUCUGAAGACUCAUCCAUGGGAGACAGAGUGUCUCUAGACAUCUCUGAAGUGGAACCAGCCUACCUAAACUUGUCUGAUUUGUAUGAUAUCAAAUACCUCCCCUUUGAGUUUAUGAUUUUCAGGAAGGUCCCCAAAGCAGUUGAAAAAGAAGUCCCAGCCCAACUGGAAGUGGAGAGCACAGAGAGGAUGGACUUAGAAGAAACAUGGCACAAGCAAGAAGAAUUUGGACUCUUUCCCAUUAGAGCUACUGGGCAACAGAGAAGUCUAGAGAUAAUGGAAGACUUGGACCCAAUGGAACUCAUGAGUAAGGACACCAAGGGCCUUAUAGACACUAAUAGGAAGAAGAGGAAAUUCUCCCCAACCAAAUCUGGAUUCUUCAAUUUCUCUGGGAAAUACCAGCCUCUGGAUAACCCAGUUGAACACAGUCUAAAGAAGAAAGUGAAGGCUUCAGUAGCCCAUAUUUCAAGAAUUCUGAAGGGCAAGCCAGCAUUUGAGCAAGAAAGGCGAGAAGGCCUGGAGGACGAAGAGGCUUUUAAGAAGAAAUCAGGAUUGUCAUCAUUCAGACUCUCUGGAAUAAAAAACAAAGAUAGAGCACCUUUAUUUGUAAAGGAGCUCACAGAUGAGGCUGUCAUCAUGGGCCAGUCCGUUACACUUUCCUGCCAAGUUUCUGCUCAUCCAGCUCCACAGGCUGAAUGGUUCAAAGAUGGGGUCCCCAUUCAGACCAGUGGCAGGCUCCUCAUCUCCUCAACACUCAAAAACUUCCAGCUUCUAACCAUACUGGUAGUAACUGAAGAAGACCUCGGAGUUUACAAGUGCACCGUGAGCAAUCCCCUGGGGAUGGCAUCCACUACUGGAGUCAUUAGAAAAGCAGAAAUACCUUCUUCUCCCCCACGGCCGGACAUUGGAGAGAUAUAUGAAAAUGGAGUACUCUUGGUCUGGAAGCCCGUGGAAUCCCACAGUCCAGUGACUUACAUCAUACAAUGCAAGAUAGAAGGAAGAGACUGGAUCACACUGGCUUCUGACAUCUUUGACUGCUGUUACUAUGCCAACAACCUCUCUCAUGGAGGAAUGUACUCCUUCCGAACAGCCUGCGUCAGCAAAGCAGGCAUGGGACCAUACAGCAGUUCCUCAGAACGAAUCCACAUUGGUGAUCAUCAGAUGGGACCAGCCAUCAUCCCAGAUGUGUUCCCAGGAGCCACCAAAGACAAGAAUGAGAAAGUCGUUCAAACUCAACCUCUCUCAAGCCAGCAAACCUAUGCCUUUCAAAUGGAAAUACGGAGGGGUCGUUUCAGUGUUGUACGGCAAUGCAGAGAAAAGUCCAGUGGGCGAGUCAUGGCAGCAAAAAUCAUCCCCUAUCGUCCCGAAGACAAAGUGGCCACACUCAGAGAGUAUGAGGUGCUGAAGGCCAUCCACCACCCCAAUAUUGCACAACUCUUUGGAGCCUAUAUCAGCCCCCGACACCUGGUGCUCAUCUUGGAGUUCUGUGCUGGCCCAGAGCUACUUCACAGCUUGGCUGAGAGGGCAACCUAUUCCGAGAUGGAAGUGAAGGACUACCUGUGGCAGAUCCUCAGUGCCACUGAGUUCCUCCAUGCCAGCCACAUCCUGCAUUUAGACCUGAGGUCAGAAAACAUGAUCGUCACUGAGUACAACUUACUGAAGAUCCUCGACUUUGGCAAUGCUCAGUUCUACACACGAGACAAGGUCCUUCCCACGGAGAAGUUUAAAGACUACAUUGAAACCAUGGCUCCUGAGCUCUUGGAGGGGCACGGAGCCACCCCACAGACAGACGUUUGGGCCAUCGGUGUUACUGCUUUCAUCAUGCUGAGCGCGGAGUACCCUGUCAGCAAUGAGGUGACCUGUGACCUGCAGAAGGGCCUGAGAAAAGGGAAGAUUAAGCUGAACCGAUGCUACGCUGGCCUGUCGGGAGGAGCGGUGUCCUUCCUCCAGAGCACCCUGUGUGCCAACCCGUGGGGAAGACCCUGUGUUUCCAGUUGUCUUCAGUGUCCCUGGCUGACCAAAGGGGGCUUGGAACAUACCCAGCAAAUGUCAGUGACUUUUUCUACCCACCGGCUAAAGACUUUUGUGAAGGAGCGGGAAAAGAAGCGAGCCCUGCUCUACAAGAAACACAACCUUGCCGUCCUCCACUAAGUGUCCCAGGUAGCACACACCUGGAGACUUGGAGUAUGAUAGAGCAAAGAAUAUUGUUUUGAGUGCAUAGUUUAAUUUGGGGGUUGCUGUUACAAACUCACUAGACUCCACAACUCUAAAUCUACACAGAACUUUGUCCCAUUCCUGCUCCUGGGUAGCCAGUGCAUCAGGCAAGAACUCUGAGCUCUGGGGUGGUUCCUCUGUCCAACUGUUCCCAAAAUUGGUCCUUCCAAACUGCCAUGACUUCUCUUCUAAUCAGCCAAGUCAGCAGGGGCUACAGGACACAGAUCUUAGUUAAACGUCCCUUGAAAAAGUUGAAUUAGAAAAAGUUGAGUUGAGAUGAAAGUUAAGAAAAGAGUUGAGAUAAACUCAGACAAAAAUGCUACUUAUUUCAGGACAAAUUGGCUGUGGAAAUGGAGAUUUCUUUGUGUCUUCUAGACCAGUGCCCCAGUUGCCUUAAAGGAAAAUUUGAGACUCUGCAAGCAGCCAGAGCAAUGCUACAGCAAUAUUGUACCCAUCAGUAGACUCUUUCCUAAUUCAGGUUAGGAACUCCUUAUGGUUAAUCUUGUUAUUUUCUAUAGUUUCAUUUAGAAAUUCAACCAGUUCUUCAGCAUCAACAUUUUCCUCCAGGAAAUCAGAAGAACUUUGCCAAUUUACUACAAUACAACAAAUGUUAUUAACUACCUUUUGUGUGCAAAGACCCUUGUUUGGACCCUAUGAUGAGAUACAGAAUUUAGAUAAGAUAUAGUCCCAGACUCUCAUGAAGCUCAUAAAUAUAAUAGAUGAAUAAGAAACAUACCCAAAUAACUAUACUUUUUCAGUGUUCCAUGAAAAAUGCAUCAGAGAGGUGCAAGUACCAAGGAGAAUGUCAUUGCAAUCUUUCCUGUGGGCUCUUUGGUUGAGGGCGCCAAGCUAGGGAAAGUGGGAGGGGAGAAGAGGGAGCUAAGUGGUCUUCCCCUGGGGGGGAGGGAGAGACCCAGCUAGCUCCUACAGAAAAGUCUUAUGUCUUUAUGUUUUCCUAAGGCUCUCCCCUUAAAAUUUCUCCUAGCUUCCAAGAUGUUUUGUUAUGGUAAAUAAAGAACUCUGUCAAAAUAGUAAAUUGUGGCUUUAGA